AUGUCAUAUAUAAAACCCUCUCAAAGACAUCAUAUCAGGUUAGACAGUUUACACCCAUUGAUCAAAGAAAUAGAAAAAUACAACAAGGAUUUGGAUCUCCCAGAUAAGGAACUAGAAAAUCUGAAAGUAGGGAUGGAGAAGGGCAUAGAGCUGGUCCACAAGUGCUCAAAGAUUCGGAGCUCGGUUUCGGUGAGGAACAUAGAGAAGGUGGUCAGCCGAAUUGAAUCAAGUUUGGUGUUACAAUAUCAAGAUGAGACUGAAGUUUGGGGUGCAGCACCUGAACUUCCGGCGCUUGUAGUUGGGUUGGAUUUUCCUUUGAAGGAGUUGAAGAGGAAGCUUCUUAAUCUUAAAGAUGGGGUGUCAAUGCUUGUUCUGACCGCUCCUGGAGGAUGUGGCAAGACCACUUUGGCAACAGCAUUUUGUCAAGAUCAGGAAGUCAUAGAUACAUUCGGGGACAAUAUCUUCUUUGUCACUGUUUCAAGCAACCCCAACUUGGAACGUAUUGUUCAAGAACUUCACCGACGCAGGGGUUCCAAAGUACCUACUCUUGGAAACGAUAAAUGUAGUUAA